AUGUCAAAUAGCCAAACCCAAAAGAAUUGCAAUAAAACAACAGAUAAACCUUCAGCAAUAAUUAAUUAUUCAACUACUGUCAAUAAGAACACACAAAGCUUGCAAUCGAAACCAAAUUCAACCGAAACUGCCAUGUUAACACAAACACAAACUACAUUCACUGCUCAAAACCAAGAGUUUCCCCAGCAUUUCAACUCCUCAAUAAACUUCCUACCACAGCUGUUGCAAUUACAACUGUUAGGGAUGGGUUUGGCUUCAUUGCAACAUCCAGAACUUCAACAGCUAUCGAUGCAACAUCUCCCACCUGUUCACCACGAGUUUGCAAUGACGAAUGAGAACUUGAACCAGAUUCAGCGACCAACAACACAAGUGUUCGGCACUUGUGUUUAUAAUUUGCUGGCCAAUGCCAGUCAGCUUGCGCAAGAUGUCAAUAAUAUUCAAUCUUUUAACCAGUCUAUAUCUCACCAUGCUUCCUUAGGUUCUAUCACGCAACCUAAAGCGCAAGAGAUUCCAAAACGUCAAUCAAUGCCUUCACUUCGUCCAAUGUAUUUACCCCAAUUCGGGUCAAGCGUUCAGUCAGUGCUGCAAAUUCAGCAAAUGGCAGCGCUACAGCCGUUUGAGCCCCCUUAUUUAUCAUCCACCUUGAACGUUCCUGAAGUAAUAGAUUCAACUUUCCCCCAAUCCACCAACGCAUCACUAGCUCAAUCCCAGGCUGCUGCUGCUGUUGAUGUUCCAUUGUGGUCAACAGGGCUACCACCAAAUGAAUACCCAUCUGAGUCAUCUUCGGCGUCGCCUGUAUCGGCACCCCCUACCCGUGGCAAAAGAUAUCGCAAACACCUGUCAAGCCAGCAGCAUGAAAUGACCCCAGAAACAGCAUUACGCAACCGAUGUCGCAUAUGCAACAAGCAAUUCAAACGUCCAUCGUCACUUCAAACACAUUACUAUUCUCACACCGGGGAGAAGACAUUCCAAUGCCCCUGGCAAGGGUGUGGGAAAAUGUUUAGUGUUAAAUCAAACAUGACACGGCAUUACCGAUUACAUGAACGAGAUUCGAGACGUGCACAAGAACUUGACUUUCAGAGUAAGAAUCCUGAGCUCAUGAGGGCAUUAGGACUUUCGUCAAAUAGCAGUGCGGUACGUCAGUACUUUCAAACUACCGUACAUCCUCACCAACUGGGACAGCUGCAACAGCUAUUACCGCAAUUACAACACGAGGCAGCAGCAGCAUUGGGUGCAGUUCAAGCACAUCCAAGAGAAUUGAACCAGCUUGAUACUUUGCAGCGGCCCCAUUAUCAAUCCUUUUCGCCGUUGUCUACCCAGAUUUCUCCCUUGGUACAGUCUCAAUUCAUUCCCAACCCUUUGAUCUCCGAGACAAAUGUACCGACUGAUCAAGUGAAAGUUCCUGAAAUACAACAGUCACCGAUUCAAACGUUGAACUCUCGAUUUUCGUAG